AUGUUCUCACGUACCGCGGCCCACGAUCCUGAAACACAGGGCCGGGCCCAAGCUAGGCCUGGGACCUCACCCCGUCCGCUAAAACCCUCAGGCCCACCGCGCCGGCGUGUUCCCGCCUCUGCUGGGGAGUCAUCCGGUACUCGGAGGCCAUGUACUGCUCCAACAGAGCCCACCAACAGGCCGGGCACCCACCACGCCGGGCACUCACCACCGAGACCCAGCAGCGGAACCGGAAACAGCUGCUCGUCGAAGCUCAGGAGUGACUACGUCUCUCAGUUGCCGGGUGCGAGGCUGGUCCUCAGGAAGCUGCUCAAUUGGUCCAUGGAAGAAGGCCCGCCGCCUUGGGGGCGCGCCGACCAAUCAGAAGGAGGGAUGGCUGAGCCGGGGGCGGGGCGCGUCGCUUCCGGCGGUUUCCUCAGAGCUUCUGCGCGGGGAGCACGGGAGCGUGGGAGUCUGGCGCCGGCCUCCGCCUCCUUUGUCGCGUCUCGGCUGGGCGUGGCUUCGUGCGGCUGGCCGGGUCGGGCGAGCCUGUCAGGGCUCCAGGGCUGCCGAGUGGUCCCCUGCAAGGCUGUUUUGGAGGAAGAUGCCGUCGCCUCAGGUUCUCCAAGGAGCUUGAGGGUUUCGAGGAACCUGAGGGGGCCGUGGAAGGGCCUGGCAGCCGAAUCGGAGAUUCUAGGGACGAGUCUCUCCCUCGAAGUGUCGUCCCAUCGCGGGGACUUGGAGGAGGACCCCUUGGCUUCCCCACAUGGCGUCGGCGCUCCACACGGACCACAGCUGUUUGAAGAUCUGGAUGUGUAUUUUUCUCAAGAGGAAUGUGUGAGUCUGCCUCCUGCCCAGAAGACCAACAGCAGAGAAGCCCCACUGGAGUGUUUUGAGGAUUUGGACUUGAUAGGAGGGGAAGACAAGACUGAAACCAGUCAGCAGUUAAGCCUAGAGUCUAUGGAACUUGAAGAGCUGUCCCUAGACACGCACUCCACUGCAGCACCCCUUGUGCAUUCCUUGGAAAAAUCUGGGGAUGAUGUUGGAACACAUGAAAGGAAAAUGUCAGGCGGAACUUUGACUUGCAAGACCAAGGUUAUAAGCCUCUUGGUCACCAUUGAAAACCAAACCCCAUUAGUAGAAUUAUCUCAAUGUUUAGGAGUCAAAACACUUUCUGAUAUUAUUGAAGUUCCCUGGGAAGAAGCCAAAAAUGUGUACAAGUGUCCCGACUGUGACCAAAGCUUCAGUGAUAAUACAUACCUUGUUCUGCAUCAGAAAAUUCAUUCACGAGAGAAAAGGUAUAAAUGUAGUACCUGUGAGAAGACCUUCAGUCACAGAACUAACCUGAGGACACAUAAGAGAAUCCACACUGGGGAGAAGCCUUACAAGUGUACCAAGUGUUCUGCCAGCUUCCGGCAGCAGUCACACCUGUCCCGACACAUGAAUAGCCAUAUAAAGGAGAAACCAUAUACAUGUAAUGUAUGUGGGGAAGGCUUUAUGUGGCUCCCAGGAUUGGCAGAACAUCAGAAGAGUCAUGCUGAUAAAAAGUCUUAUGAAUGUGCUGACCGUGAUCAACAUUAUUGUCAGGAAACAAAUCUGGCUUUGCCUGAAAAAACAGGCUCAUCAGACACCCCAUUCCAGCACACUCAGUGUGUGAAGAGCUUGGAGCAGUCCUCAUACCCUGCUCUCCCUGAGAAGGACCAUAAGGAGGACUCUAAGAAGUGCAGUAUUGACGACGACGAAGACUUUUUUUCAUUCUCCAGAUUCAAACCCUUACAGUGUCUUGAUUGUGACAUGACCUUUCCUUGUUUCUCAGAGCUUGUUUCUCAUCAAACCAUUCAUGACAUGGAAAAACCUCAUAAGUGUAAAACAUGUGCAAAAACUUUUGCUUUAGAUUCAGAACUUGCAUCCCAUGAGAAGAACCACAUAAAGGAAGAACCUUUUAAAUGUACGGUGUGUGGGAAGAGCUUUAAAGUGAAUAUGCAUCUCAUCACUCAUAAACGAACCCAUAGGAGAAAUACCAAGUAAAUACAAGCUUUUGCUACUCUG